AUGGACCACCUUCAUGGCUGCAAUUGCUUGUUCAGAGCUCUUGGUGAUCAAUUGGAGGGACACUCACGAAAUCAUCUCAAGCAUCGACAAGAGACAGUGGACUACAUGAUAAAGCAGCGGGAAGAUUUUGAACCCUUUGUAGAAGAUGACAUUCCUUUUGAGAAGCAUGUGGCCAGUUUGGCAAAGCCUGGUACUUUUGCUGGCAAUGAUGCAAUUGUAGCCUUUGCAAGAAAUCAUCAAUUGAAUGUGGUGAUUCAUCAACUUAAUGCCCCUUUGUGGCAGAUUCGUGGUACAGAUAAAAACAACGUGAGGGAGUUGCAUAUCGCAUAUCGGUAUGGAGAGCACUACGACAGUGUUCGGAGGAUCAACGACAACUCAGAAGCACCCGCACAUCUCCAGACAGAUUUUCAGAUGCUUCAUCAAGAUGAAUCAAAUAAAAGAGAAAAGAACAAGACAAAGGGAAUUGACUUGGAAGACGACUUGAGAGAUGAAGUAGAAGAUGCUGUCCAGAAAGUUUGUAAUGCAACUGGAUGUUCAGAUUUUGAUUUAAUAGUCCAGAACCUGGAAGCUGAAAAUUAUAAUAUUGAAUCUGCAAUUAUUGCCAUGCUUCAGAUGAACCAGGUGAAGAAAAAUAAUGCAGAGGAGAAUCUUGAGCCCAGUGGUCGAGUGCUGAAGCAGUGUGGCCCUUUAUGGGAGGAGGGUGGCAGUGGUGCCAGAACCUUUGGAAAUCAGGGCUUAAAUGAAGGCAGGAGCGAGAACAAUAAGGCACGGGCCAGCCCUAGCGAAGAAAACAAAGCAAAUAAAAACCCGAAGGUCACAAACAAGCAGAGGCGAGAACAACAGCGGCUGGAGAAGAAGAAGCGGCAGGAGGAGAGGCACCGUCUCAAAGCCCUGGAGAGCCGGAGUGGCCACAGGGACAACAACAGGAGGGAGGCAGAUGCGAACACGCAGGUCACCUUGGUGAAGACCUUUGCUGCUCUCAACAUCUGACUCUGGCCUCCUGGGAGUUGGAGGAGCGAUGGAAAGAGAAGUGCUGCGUGCUAGGCUUUUCAACGAGGCCAUCCUUUUACAAGUGAAACACGACCACCAAAACCCACACCUGAGCUCACACACUGAGUUAGUGUCCUUCAAGCUGCCUCUUUUUUUGUUUAAAGUUUUGUUAGUGACAUGUUUUGUUUUAUGAAAGUGCAGUGAUGCCAUUUCUAUUCUGUAAUACAAACUUAAAAUACUGAGUUUUAGGGGUGGAUAGUUAGGUCAGGAAAAACCUUUUAAGUAUGGCUUUAUUUGCCCUGAAAAUCAAAGUUCAGUGACCCUGGGAUCUUUGCUUAGUAUUUGGGGUGAGUUUUGCUGUAAUUGUUCAUUGUAAGUAGUUUAGAGUAAUUGUUAGACAUUGAAAAUGACAAGUUUCCUUAGUUACUCUUUCAUUUUCAAACAGGUCUUAACAUAUAGGGUAGUUUAUAAAUGAUAUCCAACUCAGGAACAUGUUUAGAUUCAAUUUCAAUUCAAGUUACUCAGAAAAUAAUUCAGGAAUUCUUUUCCCAAAGUAAUAUGAUAUGAGGGUUAUGGCCUAUGGUCAGGGUGGGUGGAAAUUCAACACCCACAUUUCUCUUCUUCCUGAUUCUGCUGCUAUUUCAGUUGGGAUGCAGGUGCUCUUAGUUCAUUUGCACUCGAGCCAUUUGAUAAAUGCACGUGACUGUUAAUCAGUCCUGGGCCUUGCUGGGAAGUCGACACUAUUGGGUUUUGGGUACUUGUUUCCACAGUGGGAAAAUGGAAAACAGCGUCUUCCUGCUUGUGAUACAGUUCUGUAAUUCUAAUAGUAUGUAGAGCAGCCUUUGUAGUUGUAAAGGGAAGUCAGGGUAUUCAUGGGACUUCGCCUAGGUGAAGCCUAAAUAAUUAUUUGUUUUUAUAGGAGAAGUCUGGAAAAAUAUAUAAGAUUUUUCAUGUUCCCAUUUAAAAUAACUGUAUUUUAUUUCGUUCUAUUUUAGAUUUAGGUGCCUUCAGAGAGAUAAAUGAUAACUUGACCUUAUAGGCUACUGAACUUUCUUAUUAUUGUGGAAAUGAAAUCUCAUAAAAAUGCCACAUUUAUUUCUUUUUAUUUAA